AAACCGGCUGACUUGAGGUGGUGGACACACAGAUGCAGUCACAGCUGCAGAGUACAAACGAAGUGAUGGGGCGAGACGAAAGUCGUGAGACAGUGGCGAAAAACUCGCUUCUCCACGGCAGGUUUACUGUGACAGAGCUAGAAGAGUUCCUGAAAACCCCUCCGGCCGGUUUUUCCGUGGAGGCUUUCGGCUUGGACGGUGUCCGAGUCCUCAGUGAUCCGGAGCAGAGCCUGGUGCUCAUCGACGACUUCGACUCCUGCAGAGGGAGAAUAUGUUUUCACAAGUCGCUGGGGAGGGAAGUAAAAAUGCAGAAUCUAUGGGAGUACACCAGCAUGAGAAAAAGCCUGCUGUCCAAGAGGAUCUAUUUGCUCAUGUCUGUCUGCGAAGGCAGCUUAACAGAGACCAACGAAAAAGCAGCAAAUGAUGCCAGAGUGCUGCAGCAGUACGUGGUGUCCAUCAACGGCAGUGAUCCUUACAUCAAGUGGCAGAUGGAGCGAGGCCUGGACUGGACCAUAUCAUCCAUAGCUGGGGAAAGUUACAGGGUGGAUAUCGACUUGAUGGAAGUUGUAGAAAGCUGGGGAGCUAAAAACAUCCAAAUAAUAUCUGAUGAGGCAAUAAAAGUCAAGCCUGUGUGGAGAGACGCCUGCUUCACCCUCAAGUACUAUUCUGAUGCUCUCUUUGACUUCCCACACUGGUUCGGCUUUAGCAAAAGAAAAUUUAACUUGAGACUGACAUGAGCCAGCUGUGGAUGAAGAGGAGAGAGGAAAAGUAGAGUUUAUCUGCUUGGUUUUCGAUCUGAGCCUGGGUCUGCUUCCUCCUGGAAGUUGAGGAAAGCUUGUGAGAGCAGCUUGCCUGGUGACGACCUGCUUGGAUUUAAGGAACCGCUUCAUUCAGGAUUCCUUUUCUUCAGUGGAUGGAGAUCACUGAUGAGAAAUGAGUAGGGCUUCUGAAUGCCCAGGUCCUGGUUGUUCAAAAGGUUUAAUCCAGAUAUGAUAUAUUUGUAUUUGGUAGGCAACCUUUCCUAAUGUAAUCCAGCCCAUUACCAAAUUCAAUCACCAAUGCUUUAAAGGUGUAAUAUGCAACUUUGAGAGCAGAUGUGCAGUAGAUGCAACACUACUGUAAGAGUCUCUCAGAAAUAUCCUCAUCCCUCCCCCAUCAAGGAUGCAACAUCAUUUUGAAGGUUUGGCAUCAGCCUAAAAGUUGUACCUUCUGAUAAAAAAGGGUUACCUAUACCAAUUAUUAGUAAAUGAAACUGAUAUUUGGAACCGAUACAUGUCAGUGGUACUUAGACUUCUGUGCUGAUUGGCUUUUACACGUUUGAUGUCUAGCCAUUCAGCUAGUUUUGAGUGAAGGAAAUGAGUUGUGACUGCAGAGUGAAAACAGUCAGAGGGGAAGAAAUACCUCAAACUGAGAGCACUUUAAGCAGUCAGGGAAACAAAACCAUAACAGAUAAUCAGCCUUAUUCUGAAUAUUUGCCCCACUAAUCAGCCAAGCUGAUAAUUGGUUAAACUCAAGUGUAUUGCUUCAUAUACUGUUUAAUCUCACAGCACUGAUCAGGGUAACAUACAGGCCUAGACACACUUAAUCAAUACUUAAUGCAGGGCAAUCUAAUCUCAAAGAAAUGUGGCACAGAAGGCAGCAGUUUAUUGUUUUAAUUCAACUGUUUCAAUGUAAAUUCAUGGAGCUCCACGGUGAAUUACUGUGCUGAUCACAAGAACACAAAUGGAAUAAAAAGCCCCACUCAGUAUAAAUAUUGCAGAUCUGUAUUUAGAUGAAGAAAUUUCAAAUUAAGAUAAAAUCAACGAAUUUAUCAAUCAGUAAAACCACUGACAAACACCAAUGUAAAAAAACAUGCAAGUGAUUUUUUUUUCUGGUAUGAGGCAUUUUCAGACUGUUUCAUACCAUUUCCAUGAGAGAUAAUUGAAAAGUUUUUAAAAUUAAAUGCAUUAAAAAUGAAGCAUUUUCUGAUCUUUCAUACAGCAGGGAUCAAGUUAAAUUGGCUGAACAGCUCGUCAGGACUUUGAAAUGCUCCCAAAUUAAGGAUUUCUGGUUUGUAAACUAUCCUCUCCUGCCCAUGUGCCUUUUCCUCACAUCUCUCCCCUAACUCCUUACUAGGAGGGGCUAAGGUGAGUGAGGAUGCAAGGAAACACAACAACCAGUUGAGAAAGACCUUAUGAAUUAUAAUCUUUUAACAAACUCCACAAUUGCACCUGGAUGAUUACAUUGCUGACUUUGAUACAGGAGGUUGGUGGUUUGAAUCCUGGUUAGGGAGCUGGCAGAAUCCAGUUUGGGUGCAUGGGUGAACAUUAGUCCAUCUCUUAUGUAUGUCUCUUUGGAUAAAGGUGUCUGCUAAGUGACAUUGUAACAUUGUGCUUCUACAUACAUGGAUAUGCGAAGCUCUCAGUUUUCCUCCACAUGUUGGCAUGGCUGACUGUUGCAAAGGAAGUUCUCAUUAAAUACAUGAAUAAAACUUAUUUAAACCUCUAAGCAAAGCAUAAAUUAACUGCAGGAAACAAGCGUUCAGUGUGAACACAAAGCUGAGAACAAUAAACUUGGUGGAAGUUAACUUCACUCUUGAGAAUUUAUGUAGGGUAUAGAUUUCUUCUAUGUUGAUGUUGCAUAUUACACCUUUAAAGGUGACUUCAUCCGACAUACCUUGUCUACUUGGAGCGCCAAAAUUCCUACAAACUAACUUUUCAAGUUAUUCCAAACUGAGCUUAAAUUACAUUAUCCCUUUUUCCUUUUGAACUGCCAAAGUGUAAAGUAGAUCCAGUGUGGUAGUUUUAACCCUGGUAGGUGACUGAAACAACUGGGUCAUUAAGAUCUUGAGGCAUUUAUAGAUAUUGCAUAUACUUUAAAAGCUGUUGUAUGAACAUAUACCCCAUUUCAUUUUGUACUGGUGUUGAAAUGAUCAUUUUUGUUCCACAAAGUUUGACAUUCUUGUAUAAUAAUGCCCUAGAAUCAGGUGAGAAGUGAUUUUUAUUUUGUACCAAACUCAAUUGCAAUAAAAGCUGUUUUACAAACAG